AUGAAUGGAAUUGUUGCGGAAGCUUGCAAAAACAUUAAGAAUAUCGUGCAAAAGAUGGUGGAAACCUACAAAGAUUGGCAUGAAAUUCUCCCAUUCGCAUUACAUGGUUAUCAUACUUCAGUACGCACUUCCAAUGGGGAAACUUCUUUCUCCCUUGUGUAUGGCAUGGAUGCAGUCUUGUCGGUCGAAGUAGAGAUUCCUUCCUUAAGGAUUUUGACCGAUGUUAAGCUUGAUGAAGGAUCACCAUCAAUUCCAUUGGAUCAAGAAAUUGAAAGAACCAUGCGUGCUCUUAGAAAGGCAGUUAGAGAAGAAGCUUUGGAUGGAGGAAUACGAGAAGAAGAUAAAUUAUCAAGUUUUUAUGACUCUGAAGAAGAAGUAAUGGAAGUUUCACAACCCCUCGCUACGGGGGGACUACUAUAA